CACUUAUGUUAUGGUGUAGAAGGUGCAGAGAGGAAAGAAAUGGGAAAAGCAGUUACUCUGAGUGCUUCUGAUUUGCUUAUGAGGCUUUUGGCCUUCAUUCUCACUCUUGCUGCUGCCAUAGUUAUUGCAACAGAUAAACAGACUAAGCUUGUUCCCAUUCAGAUCUCAGAUUCUUUACCACCUCUACAUGUUCCUCUUACUGCUAAAUGGGAUCAGAUGUCUGCUGUUCUGUAUUUUCUGGUGACCAAUGCAAUAGCAUGCACGUAUGGAGCUUUGUCUCUAGUUGUUGCCGUAGUGAACAGAGGUAAAAGUAAAGGCUUGUGGACAGUGAUGAUUGUUCUAGACGCAUUGGUGGUGGCUCUGCUAUUUUCCGGCAAUGGUGCCGCGGCGGCGGUGGGUGUCCUUGGCUACAAAGGAAACUCUCAUGUGAAUUGGAAAAAAGUGUGCAAUGUGUUUGAUAAAUUCUGUGGUCAAAUGGCUGUUUCAAUCGGUGUGUCGUUGAUUGGAUCGUUGGCAUUUCUCUUGCUUGUGAUUAUUCCUGUGGUGAGACUUCAUCGAAGAACUUGGUCAAUUAACAAUUAAACCAAGUCUUAUUUAUUUAUCCUAGUUAAUGUUUAUCAUAACAUAUUAAGUUAUUAUUGUAAUAUGUGUUUGAAUAAUAAUAAUAAUAAUAAUUCCUGA